CCGUUGACCAUUCAUAUUCCCCUGUCUUACGGUGGGGCGGCUUCAUUUUCUUGGGGAUUUUUUCGGGCAGACGCAGGGAGGAGGGACGUUGCUGCUCGUCUAGGUGGCAAAGGACUAAGUUGUCUUUGGAAAAUUGAAAGCUCCAACCGAAACCACUAUGACUUCGACGAACACGUUUCAGGGGUUUGAUUCGGGCUCGAAACCAAGUUCCAGGGUGCUGCAGCCUCCUGGUGGUGGCUCCAAUAACAUUUUUGGUGGCUAUGAAGAGGACGUUGCACCCUCAAGAAGACCCAAUAAGAUGGCCUCCACAGUCUUUGCUCCAGCUGAAGAGCCCCAGAGUGUAUCCAGGCGCUCCAAUCCUCCAGGUGGAAAGAGUAGUGGAAUAUUUGGUCAACCUGAAGCUCCAGUUCAACCACAGAGACCCGUACCUCCAGGUGGAGCAACCAGCAGCAUUUUUGGCUCUGCAGAGAGCGCACCUGUCCAAAGCACAUGCAAGAGCCACCCAAAUAAGCCAAAGGAUAAUCUAGCUGUUGGACCAGAAUCUGAAUCACCAGCCAAAGUCGUCCAACCAGAGGUGAAGGAAGAAGCCGCUCCGCCCUCUCUUGUCCCAGCCAAGGAAGAGCCUGCAGCUGCCGCCGUCUCCUCCCCCCCACAGCCAGAACCACCUUCAACAGCUGAUGAGGACUCGCUGAAGAACCACGAGCCUCACCUGGGACCUAAGCCUCGCUCUCACAACAGGGUGCUCAACCCCCCCGGAGGAAAGUCCAGUGUGAUUUUCUACUGACCAGCGGAGCUCACACCCCCACCUUUGUCUCGCUUCUGUUAAUUCUCUCCCAUUCCUUCUCUCUACUGCUGGUUUUGCCCUCUAAACCAAAAACAAGCCCUAAAUUCAUUCUGAAGUGUUUCUUGUCCAUAUCCAAUUCCUGGUUUGAUGUUUUGGUCUGAGCUUUUUGCACUUUUCACUCCUUUUCUGACUCUUAUUCUUCAUUAAAACCUGCAGAAAUACAAUCCCCUAAAACUUGAUCAGGUGCCUCGUUAACCCCUUUGUGACACAGUCGAAUCUGGUCGCUCUGUGCUGUCAGCAAAUUCAAAUACAACUCAGCUGAAAGCCUCUCUCUCAAAAUUUGUAGACAGUUUUUGAAUUUAAUGAACGGUUGAAGAGUUGGAACUAGUGUGUUCAGCUUGAAAUGGACCUGAAUGUGACUGCAUUGUUCCUGUAAUCAGAAGCCUUAUCAGUUUAGCUUUAUUCUGCCUUAGAUCAGCUGUCAGGACAAUCUGAUCAAGAACCCGAUCGAAGCAUCAACUUUUAUUGACCUCCCAGAUAUUCCAGUUUGGUAAAUGUGAAUGUAUCGUGCAGGUGCUCUUCUGCCUCCUUGUUUGCAGUACCCAAGAACAUGCCUUUGGUGGUAGCUUGGAGUAAGCCUCUUGUUUAUGUUUUAAAUUAAAACGGCUGAAGACAAGUGAACUCUGGACAAGCCUGUGCAGGCGGGCUCUUUGGUUAUUUCGCCCGCACCGUUACGCACAUCUGAGGUAUUCCGAAGCCGGCCUGUCCCCUCUGCAGACGUGCCCGGCAUGCAGCCAGCGCAGUGGAAGAGUGGAAACCCAUGAAUCGCAAUAAAAUUGUUGUUUUGCA